AUGCUAGUAGCAAGCGGCGAUGGAUCGAUCAUGACGGCUGGCUGUGGCGCCUGCAUCUGGAGCUGCACUUGCUGGCCUGCGGCGGCGUUGUCGUGCCUUUGCCGGUUCUUCCUUUUCGCCUCUGGCCGCUUGAUCUCCUCGUCCAGCGCGGCGCCCGCGCUGCAGCUCACGUCGGGCGCGUCGCACCAGCCUGCACCACCCGGCAGGAGGACGCGCCAUGAGCGGCCGAGCGACGGUUCAGGAGCAAAGCUGUCGUCGGGGCAGCUGAUGCCGCAGCUCUUGCUGCCUUGCUUCUUCGCGUGA